CGCAUGCGCAGUGCCUGGAUUUCGCUGGCUGCCGGGAGUGGAACGGUGGGGCUGGCGAUAAACAGGCUGUGGCUAGGAGUAGGGGGAGGGGGCGUUCGCUCUGCCGGGACUCCUCACGCCCCCUUGUUGCUUUAAGUGUGGUUUGGUGUGGACCCGGGGUCCCGGCAGCCAGCUGAAGCCUAUUCCAUUGUGAAAGGGAAAAGCUGCUCCCGCGGAAAGCGGUUCAAGUUGCAGGGAGGGUACGAGACGUGGAUUGUCCCCAUGCCAGACCAGUGGUGCGGCCCAGAGCUGGUCCCGGAGCCUGCCCGACGUGUCUGAGAAAGGCCUUGGAGGGGCGGGAAGGUGGCUGUUAGAACGCAGUUUUUGUGAAGACGGGAAGGUUGGACUCGGAGAAGAGGAAGAGCCGGAUUGAAAGGGAGUGAGGCCACUGAGGGGGAGGGGGCUGCCAAGAUGGCGUCGGCCUCUGGGCCGUCGGCGGCCGGGUUUUCAUCCGUGGAUCCCGGGGGUCCUUCCUGCACCUCGUCCUCAGGUUUCAACUGUCUGUGCUGUGGGGUCAGGAGUAAGAGAGCUUCUGGAAACAAGAGAACCAUGGCAUCUGAGGUACCUUAUGCCCCUGGCAUGUCCAUCAAGAAAAUAGGCCACAGAGGUGUUGAUUCCUCAGGAGAGACGACAUAUAAAAAGACAACCUCAUCAGCCUUGAAAGGUGCCAUUCAGUUAGGCAUUACUCACACUGUAGGGAGUCUGAGUACCAAACCAGAGCGGGAUGUCCUCAUGCAAGACUUUUACGUGGUGGAGAGUAUCUUCUUCCCCAGUGAAGGGAGCAACCUGACCCCUGCUCAUCACUACAAUGACUUUCGGUUCAAAACCUACGCACCUGUUGCUUUCCGCUACUUUCGAGAAUUAUUUGGUAUCCGGCCUGAUGAUUACUUGUAUUCCCUCUGCAGUGAGCCGCUGAUUGAACUCUGCAAUUCUGGGGCUAGUGGUUCCCUCUUCUACGUGUCCAGUGAUGACGAAUUCAUCAUUAAAACAGUCCAGCAUAAAGAGGCGGAGUUUCUACAGAAGCUGCUUCCAGGAUACUACAUGAACCUCAACCAGAACCCUCGGACUUUGCUGCCUAAAUUCUAUGGACUGUACUGUGUGCAGGCAGGUGGUAAGAAUAUUCGAAUUGUGGUAAUGAAUAACCUCUUACCACGGUCAGUCAAGAUGCAUAUCAAAUAUGACCUCAAGGGUCCUCUCUGUGUCUCCUCCCCCAUCUGGCUUUAUUUCCUUCUCUAUGUGCUGCAGAGUUUCAAGAUAAUGGACUAUAGCCUCCUGAUGUCGAUCCAUAACAUAGAUCACGCACAACGAGAACCCUCAGCCCAUGAAACACUAUACUCAAUUGAUACACGCAAGCCAGCUCCCCAAAAGGCUCUCUAUUCCACAGCCAUGGAAUCUAUCCAGGGCGAGGCUCGGCGAGGCGGCACCAUGGAGACUGAAGACCACCUAAAAGGAAUCCCUGCCCGGAAUAGUAAGGGGGAAAGGCUGCUGCUUUAUAUCGGGAUCAUUGACAUUCUGCAAUCUUACAGGUUUGUUAAGAAGUUGGAACACUCUUGGAAAGCACUGGUACAUGAUGGGGACACUGUAUCGGUGCAUCGCCCAGGCUUCUACGCUGAACGGUUCCAGCGCUUCAUGUGCAACACAGUGUUCAAGAAGAUCCCCUGUAAGUGGCUUCUACCAGAUGAACCCCCAGUGGCUCCCUUCAAGAGAUCUCGGCGAGGAGGCCCCAGCGGCAACUCCUGCAUUACUUACCAGCCACCGGUCUCUGGGGAGCACAAGGCACAAGUGACAACCAAGGCGGAAGUGGAGCCAGGCGUCCACUUCGGUCGUCCUGAUGUUUUACCUCAGACUCCACCUUUGGAGAAAAUCAGUGAGGUCUCGACUAUUCCUGACCCCUGUUUUUCACCUGUAGUUGGAGAGACUUUGCAAAUGUUAUCUACAAGUUCAACCCUCUUGGAAAAGCUUGAAAUUGAAGAGUCAGAGUUCACCCACUGAGCAGAAAACCUCAGAAGACCUGGAACCAGAUUCUGUCUCUGUGAUCUCAAGAUGUCAGCCCUUGCCCCAGUAAUGCUGAGUUUUCUUCUUGGUCAUCAAAAAAGGAGUAUAAUGGAGGCUAGGGUAGCUCUCCAACUCCUUUCUGAAGAACUUCUUCUCCUUCCCCUUCCUCAUGAAUGGGCAUAUUUCCUUGGACAAUUGAGGAACCAGCUUCCUCUCCACUCCCGAGUUGGGUGACACGAGUUUUUAGCUGGCCAACUUGGACUUCUACAAUUGAAUUGUUUUCAAACACCCAUUCUUCCUGCUGCAAGUAGGGCUGCUGGACUUGGUCGUUUCUUCCCUCUCAUCUACCUUUCACCAGGAGCUGGACUCUCAAUUUCCUCAGGACAGACUGGCUGGCACAUUAUCCCUACCAUAGCUCUUUCUCUAUGGAAGGGGAGACCCCUGUAAGCUUUGUAAAAGUUUUGGGGGAGUGAAGAUGUUUAACCACCUUCCAACCUUCUUUUUUUCCUUAAAAAGGAAAAGAAAAAAAUAAUGCACAGCACACAACUUUAAGCCAGACAGUUCAGAUCCAAACUCCAGAAGCGUUGGGGAGAGGCCUAUUCAUAGGGUUCCUUCUGGAGAGCCUUAGUGUUUGAGAAACGGAAGAGGUGAUCGCUCUGCCUGGAGCAGCUCCUCUUUAACUCCUCCUCUCUUGAUGAAUUUCUUAAGGCUAAAGGAAUGGAGAGAGUGGGACCUGGGGUAAUCUUUACCCCUUUUGUUAAAACAGUGGGACAGUCAUGGGCUAGGCGAUCAGGGCUCUUCUUAGGCAUGAUCCUACUCACUGCCGGGCCAUAAUGAUUAUUACUGUUUUGUAAUUUGAAAUGUAUUCUGAUUGUUUUUUCUAAAUAUGAAGACAUCAAAUGAAUUUUCGAUCCUUCUCCAAAGGAGAUUUCUUCCUUAUUCUUCCCACCUUUUCUAACAGUGUUAUGCUGUUUGUGGGGCUGAGGUGGAGAGAGGGUCACCUGUGUCUGUUGAACAGGCAGCCCAUAUCUAUGAAGCUAGAGAAUAUCUCUUAAACUCAUGGGAGCCAGCAGAUUCUUGCCUCGGUGAGGCCACUGCUGUGCCGCCUGGCCUGCCCCUCUCUUCAUGCAGAGAAGUUGGGAAUGGGGGCUGUAUAAUCCCUCUCCUCCCCAUCUCAGAGUUGCAGUUCUCCAUCUGGUCCUCCUCCUCCUGUGAGGAGAAGGGGCCUGGCAUCUCAGGCAGAUUGUUGAAUUCCCAGACUAUCCUCUUCAUCCCACCCCACGUUGAUGGUAGGUUAGCCCACACCCCGAGUAACUGUCUAUAUUAGACACCCUCAGCCAGACUCUGGCUGCCUGUCUUUGCUGCCAUGUUCUUUUUUACAAGAAGGAAAGAAAGAAUUCUUGCUAGUUUUUUUCAUAAUUUACUAUUUAUGAUGUAUUUAAGUGUUUUAUUCAGGACAAAGUUCUGAAGGGGGUGGGAGGGAGUAUUCAAGGGAGGCUGGGUCUUAGGGAAGGGAAUGGGGAAUGAACAUUUUUAUGAAGUGUCACUUUUUGCCUCUACUUUGUAUUGUUCAGAAAUGGCAAAUGCAAUAUAAGUGAUAACUAUCUGGUUUUAAUGUAUUAAACUUUCAUCAGUUAUUUAGA